UGUUUUUUUAGAGGGGUAAAAGAAAUAAAGAAACGAUAACGAACUGAAAUUUCAACCAACCAGUGGUGGCGAGUAUGAUACUUUCCAACUCGCUCUCCUCUUCUACUUUCCUCCGAUUCAAUAACCAACUGCAACAGCAGCAGCAGCUGUUUGUGGAUUCUUCUUCACGAAUUCUUCAAUUGCAGAGCCGGAAAUUGAAGAAGAAGAGCAGAGGCUUAUCAUUGGUGACUCGUGCAGGUGGAAUAAGUUCGGGCAGUUAUAUAUUUGCUUUGGUAUUUCCACUUUCUCUCCUUGCUAUCACCAUCUUCACUUCUGCCCGUGUUGCUGAUAACCUCGACCAGAAAUUUCUCGAAGAGCUUGCUGUAAAUGAAACAAUAGCAGAAGGUGAGGAAGAUGAUGGCAGUGCAGUCACUCCGUUAGAGGAAAAACCUGCAACUCCUCGUACACGCAAUCGACCCAAACGGGAAGUUGAACCUUCAUCUAAGUAGUCUUUAUUUGUUAAGGUGGAUUGAUAAUUUACAGAGUGGUUUCUUUAGCACUUUGUCCUUUCACUAUUUAUCAUAAUUUGCUAGAAAAAAUGUCUUUAUUCACCAACACUUUUUGUACUUUCUGUGACUAAUUCGAAAUAUAACAAUAUAUGUGUAUGAAGAGCUAUUUAUUUUACUAAGAUAGAGCCAACUUCGACUAUAGAAUCCAUUUUGAGGUUAUCGAUAAGAAACAAAAACUUAUGAUCCACCUAUAAAAUUUUACUU